UUACCAAGUCUUGCGUAUCCAAAUAAACAAAACACUAAUCUUAUUUCAUUUACAAAUAUACAUACUAACAAUGAUUAGUAUAGUUUAUUCAGUGUUCAUAUAACUGUAUUUUAGCUGCAACUGAAUAAAUAAUGCGUUUGAAUUCCCUAAAUUCAUUAAUUUCCCAUGUAUAUAUAGAUUUGCGUAAUAUUUGUAGUUAUCACGAUUUGAUAAUUUAACAGCCAACCGGUUCACCAAAUGACGUCUUACGCAUGUUGGUAAAUCCGAACACGAUUCUGUGUCGAUAAAAUACAUCUUUGACAACAUUUGUACGUGCAAUAUAAUUUAUAAGUAGAAAAGAAAGGAGCAACAUGGGUCGUAAAAAUAGGAACAAGAAGCCUGCUGCUAGUAAUGGAGCGUCAGGUUCAACAGAAUCAAGUAAACAGUUGAGCAAGACAGCAAAAAAAGAUAUAAUGGAUCUUGUUAAAACCCUUUUGGAAAAAUGCUCACAGCCUGGAGGGAGUGGCUCAAAGGAGUUUGAAGAUUACCUUGAGAUUAGAGGUACAGUGGAAAAGAUAAGAGAUUUGCAAAAAGACAUAAACUUUGUGUGCGAGAAGAGAGAAGAUAAAUUUCCAAUAUUUAUGGAAUGGUUGAAGAAUAACAAAGUAGAUGUAGGUUGUGUCGACAUUCACUGUUUCCCAGGACUAGGAUACGGUCUUCAAGCAACGAAAGAUCUUAAGGAAGGAGACCAGUUCUUAGCAAUUCCUAGAAAUAUAAUGAUGACAACUGAAUCAGCAAAGAGCUCUCCAUUAGGUCCCUUGAUAAGCAUGGAUAGGAUACUUCAAGUUAUGCCGAGUGUUGUGUUAGCAUUACAUCUUCUGUGUGAAAGGCAAUCACAAGACUCAAACUGGAGACCGUAUCUAAAUAUCCUGCCUGAGUCCUACAACACACCACUUUACUUCACACCAGAAGACCUCAAAUAUCUGAAGGGAUCACCUGCUCAAAGUAAGAUAUAAUGUAAUGUUCAUUUU